AUGAGCUCGUACUUCUCCUCUCUAACAUCCUCCUCAUCCAUAUCCAAUGUCAUCGGUUCGCGGCUCAACAGCCUUCGUCGUGCCAUCACCGUAGGUGACGAAGCAGACGACCCGGAGAACGAAGACUGCUCACACAUCUCCAACGCGCUCCGCGCAUACUACCUUGAAAAGGGACGUCCAUUCCCCGCAUGGCUUCCUCCAGACCCAAAGGCGUCAUCGUCCUCAUCUUCCCGCGUCGUCGCGACUAGCCAGGGCCAAGCCUCCGGUGGUGCUUCCCAGGGCCGUGGUGGCGGUCUGGGUGAUCUGUGGGGUGAUUCGGGCUCACCUCAACCGCCACCUGCACAGACAGCUAGUCUACGCCGAGGUCGAGGCGCGGCUAGUGUUCCUCCACUUACAUCUAGCGCCAGUUCGCCUGCAGGGCCCGUGGGCUCGACUGGAUCGCCGCUCACACACGCCCAGUCAACCCCCGUCAUUCCAGGCUCUCUCCACCCUGCCGGAGCUCGACCCUUACCUAGUCAGCGAGCUGGAUCAUAUCAGUCAACCCAGACACGCAUGAACUCUGGGGGAUCAGGUGGUUCUGCGCAAGAACGACUGCGGGCGCGGUUGCAGGGAGGGCGGUCCCCUAGUCCUGCCAACCUUGAUCCUAGUGUUCGGAAGCCUGUGGGAGAACGCCGAUGGUAA